UCCCGGCGGCAGGCGCCGCCGCCCGUCGCGGCCUGCAGCUCGGACUCCGAGCCGUCCUCGCCUCCUUCUCCGAGGCGGGGAAGGGCCUCGCGUAGCCAGGCCGCCGCGGAAGACGUUGUGAUGCUGAGCAGUGACAGCGAGAGCGACGUAGAGCUCGUCCCGCUGUCGGAGAGGCUAAAGAGGAAACCGCGCCCCAGCGGGCUCUGCGCAACGGGGGUUGUGCCUGUCGAGGCCCCCCAGCUGGGCAGCAGGGAUACUGCAAGCCCAGCUGGGGGAACUGGGCUCUGCCAGAGCGCUGGCCAGUUGGCUCCUGGCAGCAGAGGACAGCAUCUUCCAGAGUCCUCUGAGGUCCCGAGAGCCCUGGCACCGUCCGGAGAAAUGUUUUAUAGGAGCCCAAAUGAUGACGUGCGCGGUUCUGGCAGACCACCUUUGUGCCCGCUGGCAGACUGCUUGUCUGAUUCCGCAGCCCAAAGUAGCAGGUUGUUGGGAAAAGAAGCAAGUCUGGAAACAUCUCCUCCUCCAAAGAAGUCAAAAUAUAGUCAGAAGGAAAGGGAGACAGUCUCUCAGGCUGCAUGGCAGAGGAGGAAGGAGCGCGAAGCACGGAAGAGGCAGCAGGAGCAGGAAAAAGAGAGGAGGAAGGCCCUUGCCAAGACGUUGAAAGCUCAGCGUCCUGGGGAGUGCCAGAAAUACAUAACAGUGGUGCUAGACCCAGUUCUCUUACAGGUAGAAGGUGGUGGACAGGUCCUCAGUUCUUUGCAGUCUGGGAAUUAUUCCUGUGUGAUUGAGAGUCAGACUGUUCCCUGCAGCAUCACUUGGCGGAGAAGGGCUGUGUCAUCUCAGAUUCAAGAAGAAAGUGGAUGGACGGAAGAACCGAAUGUCCUGGUUCUGCUUCGCUUGGAGGAGUUUUUGUUCAUGGUUCACAACUACAAACAAGAAGUCCAGGGCUGCACAGAAGGACAGAAGGAGACACUACAGAGUUUUGUUGCUCAUGUGAUGGAGAAAAUGCCUGGGAAGAUUCUGGCACUGGCAGUGGUUGAAGUAGAAAAUUAUUUCAGAUCUCUCAGAGCUCAGUCAAAAAAGAGACUGCAACAGGCAGCAGUGAAUGGAGACCAAGCAGAGGAACAGGGAAAACGGAGAAAAAAGAAAGCUAAGGAUUCUGGCCCGGAUGUGUCCAGACUAGAUGUGGAAGAAGCGCUGGUGGAUCUGCAGCUGCACACGCAAGUCCAAGUCAGAUUUGCUGAGAGCUGGGAGGAACUCGGAGAGUUUGUCAGUAUGUUCACUAAAGCAGUAGCUGAAGCACCGUACAAGCGAGAGCGAGAGAAGACAGGAUUCUCUUUCUACUUAGAGAAUGAGUGGUGCAGAGGUGUGAAGGUGGAUCAUUCUGGAAAGGGUCUCUUAGAAGUUUGGAAAAGGCAGAUACAACAGUUUAACCGGGUCAGCUUUGAGAUGGCUGAAGCUGUAGUGUCUGCGUACCCUUCUCCUCAGCUUCUGGAUCAGGCCUAUUCUAGAUGCUCCUCAGAGCAAGAGCGGGAAAACAUGCUAGCUAAUAUCCUUGUGCGCCGUGGUGAGGGUGUGACAGCUACCUCCCGGCGGAUUGGACCAGAACUCUCCAGACGAAUCUACCUGCAGAUGACUUCCCAGGAUCCUGAUCUCUGUUUGGAUUUCACUGAAUAACGCAAGGGAAUGAGGAUUUUUAUGGUUGCCUGGUUUGAAUAUUCAUCUUCCUUCUGGGAAGAAGUGCUUCAAUAACAAAUGGAGUCACGACUCCUAGUUUAAAGACUUAAAAACUCAUUUAGUCUUUAUCAUGGUAGAAGAAAGUUGGAUAAAACUGCUAAUUGGCUGGAGUUUACACAAGAAAGACGGUGAACAUCUUCCAUAGGAGCAUGAUUUUGAUGUGUCUACAGCAUUGAUAGUACCUUCCUCUUUGCCAAUAGCUUCACUCUCUUCCUAGCAACUAAAUCAUCCUGUAUAAUAACAUUAAUUACUUCUUAACAUUGCAGCCUUGAGUAAAGACAGAUAUGUCUUCUAAAGAAAUGAUAUUUUUCUACUGGUAGCCUAAACGGAGAGUAGUUACCUUCGCUCUCCAGUGUGAAAGAUAAUAAUGCAAGAAGAAAUAUGCUGCUGCCCCGUCAUCUGCUAUGGUAGGACGGAAGAACUUUAUCUUGUGAAAUAACCUCGUUUCUAUUUUCCACUGCAGCAGAUGGGAAUGAGUAAGACUAAUUUUCAGAUAUAAAUUUAGACUGUCCUGAUUCAGUCUCCAGACAGCUUAAUCUAUAGAGGGUCUUGAAAUCUGAUUAUAUGGGCUGGAAUUAUGAGGUCUAAACAGUUGGCAGAAAAAUCUUUCUUUUAAUUAGAUUGGGGAACAUGCUUGACUGUCCCUGAAGCCAUCAGCACUUAUGUGCAUACGCAAGGACAGUUGAGGUCUUUUACUACAAAAGUACUUACUGAGAUGGCUGUUGAAAGUAAACUAAACUGCACACAAUGCAUGGAAUUUGCUCACUGGAAUUGUCCUAACUCAGAUGAAAAAAUAUCCAAAACAUAUGCUAGCUUCAUGCAUUCAGCAGGUGUCUUUGCCUUUCCAGUAGCAUGCUUUUGACCCAAAUUAAUAAGUCUUAUUAGCUUGGCAUUUGCUAACUUAAGCAGUGCUCUCUCCUAGAUGGCACACAAAGCAGAAGAUUCUUGCCAGUGUUCCUGCAGAGAGGAAGUGUUCCUUGAAUGUGCCAACACUUCUGGAUAAUAAGCAAGAACCUUUUCAAGGAUGUGAUAAGUUAGAUAUCAAAAGCAAAGACUACAACUGUUUCAGGGAAACUUAAGAAGAAAUAUGUAAAGCUAAGCCAAAGAGAUGCGCAACCAUUCCUUCCCUGUAUCUUAAA